AUCAGCCAGGAGGACUCAUUCCCAGAAGGCAGGGCUUCCAAACCCUAUAAAAGAUCCCAAAUCUCCCCUCUCCAGCAUCCACUCUCCGCUCCCGUUGCUCCCUCGGCAUCAGCUGGGUGAUCCCGUUUUCCCGCAGAGAUGUCUCUGAACCAGAUGCAAAUCAAACAGGAGCUGCAGCUCCCCCCCGGUUUGGGUAAAACCACCCCAAAACAGAGCCCGGAGCAUCCCCAGAUCCCGGUGCCCGAGCCGCUCCCGGCAGCGGCGAAAUUCCCGGAAAAGGCGAUCCCAGAACCGGGAAAAGGGGAAACUGCGGGGGCUGCGGGGCCCCAGGAGCAGCAAACUCAAAUCCCUGCGGCAUUCCCGCACCCCGAACCUGCUCCGCGCCUGGAAGAGAAAUCCUGCCAGGAACCGACGCUGGAGAAGCAGGAGGUCAAGGAGAUCCCGGUUCCCGUUCCCGUUCCCUGCGCCCAGGAGAAGCAGCAGCGCCAGGAAAUCCCGGUGUCCAUCCCAGAAAAACAGGAAUGCAAGGAAAUCCCGGUGUCCGUCCCUGACCCUGUCCCGUGUUCCCAGGAGAAGCAGAAAUGCAAGGAAAUCCCGGUGUCAAUCCCAGAAAAGCAGGAAAAGCAGGAAUGCAAGGAAAUCCCAGUGUCCAUCCCAGAAAAGCAGGAAUGCAAGGACACCCCUGUCCCCAUCCCAGUUCCAACCCCUGAACCCACCCCGUGUUCCCAGGAAAAACAGGAAUGCAAGGAAAUCCCUGUUUCCAUCCCAGAAAAGCAGGAAUGCAAGGAAAUCCCGGUGUUCAUCCCGGAAAAACAGGAAAAGCAGGAAUGCAAGGAAAUCCCCGUUUCCAUCCCAGAAAAGCAGGAAUCCAAGGACACCCCUGUCCCCAUCCCAGUCCCAGACCCCAUCCCCUUUUCCCAGCAAAAGCAGGAAUUCCAGGAGAUCCCGGUGCCCACACCGUGUCCCCAGGAAAAGCAGGAAUUCCAGGAGAUCUCAGACCCCAUCCCCUCUUCCCAGCAAAAGCAGGAAUUCCAGGAGAUCCCGGUGCCCACCCCGGAGCAGCGCUCCCUUCCCGAGAAAUUCCCUCCGCUGGAGCAGCAGCUGGAGCAGCCGGGCCCGUGGCAGAAAUAGAGGGAAAAUCCCGAUCCCGGGGGUUUUCUCCCCGAAUCCAGAGGUUUUUCCAAGCUUUUUUUUUUGUUGUUGUUGAUUUUUUUUUUUAACCCCUUAAGCAGAGCUUUUGUCAGGAAUUCCUUCCAGCCGCCCCUCCCGCUAACGCCUUGUCCUUUACUAACAGCAGGGAAUUCUUUUCCAGCAGGGAAUGCUUUUCCAGCAGGGCUGUAGCUCCCCUUCCCAAAUUCCUGCCCUUUUUUUUCCCCAAUCCCGAGGCUUUGGAAUGCCCAAAAAGCCCCCCCAAAAAAUUCAUGGAGCAAGGCGGGGUUCGCGAAGUUAAAACCCCAAAAUCCUGGGAAGAGCUCGUCUCCUUUUUCCUGCCUUUCUCCCCUGGAUUCCAGCUCCCACCUGGAAUUUGGGAAGUUUUUCCCUAUAAAUAACCAGAUUUUUGUGCGGGAUCUGCCGCCAAAAAGCUCAAAACUUCCCAAAUCGGGAAUCAGUGCUGAAUAAAAAAUAAUCCUUGGGGACUGAGGGAGAAAAAUGAAGAUUUUUAGGAUAGAUCAGACUUUGGUGGAAUUUAAAAUAAUUCUUUGGUAUUGAGGGGGGAAAAGGAAGAAUUUUAGGUUAAAUCCGAGCUCGCUCUCAUCUUGAAUUUCCUCGGAGGUGUCAAAGAACAGGUCAGGCCGUGAAUAUUCCGCAAUUACCCAAAUUGAUGGAUAAUUAACUCCACUCCAGACAUGUUUGGGAAGGGAUUAACCCCGGGCGUGGCGCAGACGGGAUCAAGGAGGAAUUCCAGCCGGGAAUGUUUCGCCACCCGUCGGUGUUUGGGACUUUGUCUCGUGGUUGUUUUCGGCUGCUGUUGGAUCCAGGAUUUAUUUCACUGUGAAAAUUCCGCAAUAAAAGCGACUUUC